AUGACAGGAUUGGCUCUCGAGAGCGUCGGCGGAGUGACGCAAGCUCGCAGGGCCCAAUCGCAGCGCGCCUUUUUGGACCGCCGCCCCGCCCUUUUGCGUCAGAGAAGGACAAAGUCAUUGAGGAAGGGUGAUAUUCGGCCUUUGAGUGCAGUCGCCGGCCGAGUAGCGGAGCGGAGGGGAAGCGGGUUCCGCCAUCUUAGAAGGUGAGUCCCUGAGGGGAAUGGGGUGCAGGGGCGGCUUUUCCCUUCUCGCACCUUCGCCGCGUGUUCAGUCCCGGCUGCUGACGGGGGCAGUUUUGUUUCUCCCCCCCACAAGCAGGGCGAGGCGGGGGGGCCUCCUGCUUAACCACAUCCCUCGUUCUCCCUCCCUCAGCUUCCUGCCGCCGCCAUGUUCUCGUCCAUAGUGCCGCUUGUGCGGCUCAACCCAUUCCACGCCCCGCAGCUGCAGCUGCAGCAGGACGGACUCAGCCUAAGGAAACUCCCGGCCGAACCCGCGGAGCCUUCGUGCACCCGGCGGAGCCUGGCAGCCGCUUCCGCAGAGGGUAAGUGGGCGGAGUGGGGGGGACGGGGCGCACGACCUUUGCCUCGGCUCCUUCUCUGGAAGGGCCCCCCCCCGGUUUUUGAAUUCUCUCUCGGGUGGGGCUGCAGCUACCGGGCCCCCUGGGUUCCUCUUGGAGGACAUGGAAGGUCAAUGCAGGCCGGGCUUGUGCUUGGCUCACGGUGCCUCCUUGGCUGAGCCCCUUCCGUUUCCUCCCACUGGAAAAGGCCAGGAUGAGUUCCCGUCUGUGCUUUGAGCCCCGCCUGGGUAGGCCUCGGAGGAGGCUUGCUCCGCGGCGACCUUGGGGCUGGAAGGCGUCGGGCCUAGCCAUGCCUUGCAUGUGGUUGGGGGCAUCUUGUCUUCUAGUGCGUGGUCGCCCUCAGCGGCUUAAGGAUGCUGCCUGCGCAGAAGCCCAAGGCUAGUAGAAGACGGCAUGUCUCCAUGGCAACUAGUCAGCGGCCUGGUCCUUCCCCGGGUGGGUAACACUUUUAAAGGAGGGUGGUAUGGUGGGGACAAGGUCACAGGCUUAGAAUGACACGGGGAGGAGCAGGUGAGGCUAAGUAGUUUUCCACACACUCGCUUACCUUGAAGGGUUUAUUAGGUCGAUACAAUGUUGCUCCUAUGUAAGCAACCAAUAUUUUUAAGUCUCAUAAUGAAAAUAAGCAAAACUUCCAUACAAAGGUUCUCCACCAACUUUGUCCCGUUGGUGCCAUAUCUGUUUUCUUACAGUGACACAAUAUCUAUUACUAAACCUGUCCUUUAUUUAAUUGCAUAGGGCAGCCGUAUAUUAGAAAAAAAGAGUGAAGAGGGUUUUGUAGCACAUUUAAAAGAUGAAUAUAGUUGUACUGGUCUGUGAAAAGAAUAGACCCUGCUUUGUCAGAUGCAUGAAGCAUCGUCGUCCGUUGGUACAUACCAACAUGUCAUUCAUGAUGUAUAACUAAGUUAAGCUUUGUUUUUUGUAUUUUAAAAAAAUAUAUAAAAAGAGACCCUUAUAGCAGUUGCUUUUUAUGUUACAAGAACCCUCGAUUUAUUAGAGGUUGGUGCAUGUAGCUUUGAGGCAAUACUUUUGAAUCUAAGAUGUACCUUAUACAUACUUAUUUGCCUUAUUUUUUUUUAUAAUGAAUAAAUCCUCACAAUAUAUUCUUACAAAGAUACUGGGUUAAUCAUGUGAAGAUCUAUUGACCAGCGAGUGUUUUUAUGCCCAUGUAAAGAAUUGCACAGCAGUAACUUGUGAAAUUACUUGUUGGUUUAGCCCUUACAAGGCAAUCUGAAAUCAGGGCCUGGUAAGUUACCUAAAACAAUGAGCAAACACAAUCAAGCUCUGUUGAAUUGAAUUGAAAUAAUUUUUUUGUUUUAUAUCCUGUAUAUAUGUUAUUUUUGCAUAACUGAACAUUUACCCUUAUCUAAUAUUUAUGUGGCUUUUAAUACCUGCACAGCACAUCUCUUGGAAGAAAGUGUUGCCUUAAGCAGAAUGCACCUUGUAAAUACCUAUAUUUUGGUCAUUCCUAUGACACGUGCAGUAACUAUGAUAUUAUUUUGAAUCCCAUUCAUGUUGGCAUAGAUAUCUUUGUCAAGUAGCAUACCAGCCUAUGUGUUGAUAUUGAUACUGGUCCUUGAACAUGGUUAUUUGAAAGUGAAUUAAGAUCCAUUUUAAUUACUUUGAGAAUGUUUUCAGGCAGUCUUGGUAAAAAGAAUAAAUGCUUUUAGUUGACCUACUACCACUUCAUAAAUUUUGGAAGACAAACUUGUUUUAGGAGAAAAAUGAAAUUUCUUGAUUGAGCUUACAUAAUUUAAUGCUAACUUCAAAUGCCAAACUCUGUAGUUUGUCAACUUGUACUUAUCUCUUUUUAAGCAGAAGACUAUAGCUGUGCAUAUGGCUCUGGCAGAUUCUUCAUCCUUUGUGGCUUUGGUGGGAUUAUUAGCUGUGGUACCACGCACACAGCAUUGGUUCCUUUAGAUCUCGUUAAAUGCCGAAUUCAGGUUUGAUUGCAUGUCAAGUUGGUUAUCAUAGCAUGAUAAAAGUGUGAAAUCUUACUAAUCAAAAGGAAACAAGGCUUGGAUUUCACCCAAAUAAAGUUGUUUAUAUUGUUGCAUGUAGUUUAUUUAACAGCAUGGUGUGUCUUUUCUUUGCUGCAGAAGAAUACAGUUGUGAAUAUGGCUCUCUCAAGUUUUACGCUCUCUGUGGCUUUGGUGGGGUCCUAAGUUGUGGUCUGACACAUACAGCAGUGGUACCUUUGGAUUUAGUGAAGUGUCGCAUCCAGGUUUGUAUGCUGCCAAAUAUGGAUUUCCCCCCCUAUCAUUUGGGAUGAAAUAAUUGGACAAAUUUUAAAUUGAGCCAGAUUUAGUUAGGAACCAUGUAACUGGCAUUUGACAAAUAAGCAGCAAUGGCAGAUACUUGUGUUUGAAAGCUUCAUGAGUAAUCAGAAACCAUGAUUUAUCAAAUGUAUACCUCCAGCACAAAUACGUCUAAAAUAUUUGAGCCUAAUAUAUUUGAAUACUAAACAUUCAGAAUCUUUAUAAUGCAUGUAGCAUAAAGGCUGAAUGACUUCAUGCAUGUGUCAGUUCUUUGUUGUGGAGUUAUAAUUUGAAGAAAAGAUAAUAAUCCAUGCAUUUGACAAUGGAAACUUUGACAAUGGAAGCUUGAAUAUGUGAGGAUGUAGUCAAUGAGAAACAGUAUGAUCCUUUGAAAAUUAGCUUAGAAGUUGCACUGAGUUCAGUGGGAAUCAGUCCCAAGGAAGCGUGCAUAGGAUUUUAGCCAUAUAAUGAACCAACCUCUAGCUUUAUGGCCGAAGGAAGUUGGUUAUGUGGAAUGAAGAAUCUGAAGUUAACCCUUUGCUUAUAUUUGUAAUAUAUUAAAAAGAGUGCUUUGAUUUUAGAUAUUUUAGAUAUUUAUUUCACAAAGUUGAUUCAACUAUUAUAUUCCUCUAAAGCAGCUAAAAGUAUUGAGGAAAUAUGCUUGAGCUGUGUAUGAUACAACUAUACAUUACAGAAAAUGUAAUCCUGUUCAUGCAGAAGUCAGAAAGAGGCCAGGAAGUAAGAUGAAAGGUGAAAUGGAACAAGUCAGUAGAGGGCGACAGGAGGUAGGAAGGUAGGACCCAGAGAGUAUUAACAUCUUAUAUUACAAAAUAGCAUAUUGCCAAUUUCUGCAUAAAAUAUUUUUGUAAUAUUGAACAGGUUUUACUGAGAUUGCACAUAUCUAGGCAAACUUUAAAUAGCUGUAACAAAUUGCAGCCUUUUUCAGAACAUUUAUGUACAACUUUUCUGAGUACUUAUUUUUACAAAUGAUAUAUUCAUUGCUUUCUAAUCCAUCGUUUCAGAUGCAUUUACACAUAAGAUAACGAAACAGUUGAACACAAAAGCUAAUACAUUUAAAACAAUACAAAAACCCUAAUAUGUGGACACUUGUUAAUUACCCAUUUAUUCAGUUGAGACAGUACUGGUGUUCUUACAAUGAAGAGUAACAAUUCACCCCACCCCAAUGCGCUGUUAGUUUUGGUGAUAUUAACGUUUUAAUAUCUGCAUACCUAUACUGCCCCUUUUUGCUUUCACAUAUUCUUGCAGCUCAACCCAAAUCCCGUCUUCUUUCACUUACUGCAAGUCGUAUUUGCUACUGCCUUAAUCCUUCAAAAUCCUUCUCCCAGCUGAAGCACAUUCAUAAUUCGUUGCUUAAUUGAACAUUUCAAUAUUGGAUGAUUACAGUUUUUCUGUUGUAGAAUUAACUUAGUUAUAUGGUGCAUCACAGCUUCCAGUGUACCACGUAGAAUGAUACACUUCUAGAACUGGAUGUAUCUUUGAUUAAAUUUCCAAAUUGAUGAGUAGAGCUGGUUUGGCCAGUUGCGUAUAUCUUAUAUAUGCAUAUAUAUUUAAGUUGCGUCAAAACCCAGGAAUCUUAUACUUGCAGCCCAUAUUUGUUCUUUAUCUUACUACUUGUCACAGAACUUUCUCUCCCCCUCCCUUUCAAAAAUUACUUCCACAAAACCUUUCAUGAAGUUCUGCAAUCAUCUUGCCACUCAGUUGACUUGUCAUUUUUAAUCUUUCUCUUCACUGCAUUCUUCUUCACUUGGUAAAAAUCCUAAACUCUUUAAAACAAUCAUUAAGUACGAUGUCUAUAUGUUUGGAGUAUACUGGUUGUUGCUGUGAAUGUGAGAAAGGUUAAAAAAAUUAUUAACUGCUGACUUCUCAAAACUUGUUUAGGUGGAUCCACAAAAAUAUAAGAGCAUCUUCAACGGCUUUUCAGUUACUGUCAAAGAGGAUGGUGUUCGUGGUUUGGCAAAAGGAUGGGCUCCAACAUUUAUUGGAUAUUCCAUGCAAGGGCUCUGCAAAUUUGGUUUCUAUGAAGUCUUCAAAAUCAUGUAUAGCAACAUGUUGGGAGAGGUAAGUUUAUUUAUCCUGCAGUUCAGCACCCCUUUGUUGUGAAUUUGUCCAAAGAAUAUCAUAUGAACAUAUUUUCUGGUCUGUUAAAUUUUAUUUCAGGAAAAUACAUAUCUGUGGCGUACAUCACUAUACUUGGCUGCAUCUGCCAGUGCAGAGUUCUUUGCUGAUAUUGCUCUGGCUCCAAUGGAAGCUGCUAAGGUGCGCAUUCAGACACAGCCUGGGUAUGCAAAUACACUGAGACAAGCUGCUCCAAAAAUGUUUGCAGAAGAAGGUGUUUGGGCGUAAGUAUUAUAGCAGUUAAGUCAGGGCCCUAAAGUGGCUCUUAAUGAUCCUGCACAGCUCCUUGUUUAUGAACUGUUAAGCUUUGAUCACAGAUAUUAUUGCUUUAGACAUGGAGCAGAGUUCUUAGUUCUUAAGCAGUAUGAGCCAACAUGCUCCCUUAGAUCCAUCUUUGUUAGAUGUCUCUUGUGUUGAGUUCUGCUUACAACUUUGGUUUUGAGUAGUUCUAGCCAAGAGGGAUCAACAACUUUAUGGUUGUACAGUCAAAGAUGCUUGAGUCAUUGGCAUGUGAGAAUAAUAUACCUUCACUCUGGUCUUUUAUGUUCUGAUAGCAAUGGCUGUAAUACAAUACAUGUCAUUUUCCACUAUCAGGAUUUGGCUGGAUUGUGGACAUUUAUCAAUAAAUUCCAAGAUUAAAGGCUAAAGGUACUAUAUACCCAUUGUUCUUUUAAGAGGGAGGCUAGAGGUUUAGGUUGUUUCUGAUAUGACUAGUUUGAAAGAAACACUGCAAUGCAACUGUGUUUUCUCAAGGGAAGGCAUCACUAACCUUAAUUCAGUUUUUGCUAAUACUGGUAUUUCUAGUGUGUGCAUAAAUCAGGGGUCAGCAAACCUUUUCAGCAGGGGGUCGGUCCACUGUCCCUCAGACCUUGGGGGGGCGGGCUAUAUUUUUUGGGGGGAAAUAUGCAAGAGUACCACGAGUUCCAGUGGCUGCUUACCUGUGUCUUACGAGCAGCAGGGGCUGGCGGUGGCGGUGGCAGAACAGUGAUCGGCAUGCGAAAGGGCUCUGGAGAGGGGCGGCUUAAAAUGGCAACCACUCAAGUGCUGCUGCUGCUGCCACCAACAAAGCUCAGCCCGCUUCCUCUUCUAGGCAGGGUGGGGAGAAACCAGGAGGAGGGAGGGAGGAGGUGCCACUACCAUGUGAGGGAGAGGGAAAAGAAAGUGUGCGCUGGCGAUCCACGUGGCAAUUCCCGGAGUAUCCAUGGGCCGGAUCCAGAAGGCAGUUGGGCCUGAUCCGGCCUGCGGGCCUUAGUUUGCCGACCCAUGGCAUAAAUGACAUGGUUGUUUAGGGCAAAACGUUAGUCACGCCUGUGUUUCCUGGGGUCUCACACAGGUGUCUUUCCCUGUUCUGCCUAAUAGUGCCAGGUUUUGAGCCUGGGACCUACUGUAUUAAAACUAUGUGCUCUGCCAUUGAGAUUCAUUUGUUACAGUCAGGUAGCGUAACUGAUUUGAAUUCCAGAAUUAGUUCCAAAUCAGAAGCACUUAAAUUUGGGCUUUCUAAUUGUUUUGUCUACUUUGAAGUUUCUACAAAGGUGUUGUUCCAUUAUGGAUGAGGCAGAUUCCAUACACCAUGAUGAAAUUUGCCUGCUUUGAAAGAACUGUGGAAGCGCUUUACAAAUACGUUGUCCCGAAACCAAGGAGCGAAUGUUCAAAAGGAGAACAGCUGGUUGUUACAUUUGUAGCAGGUUAUAUAGGUAAGGAAAUACUAACUUUUUGGAAUAUAGUGACAGUUUAGUAUUCAUGAGCAAUUCCGAAGAAGAGUCUGGCUUGCAUGCUUCCCUGUAUUCUCCCACGUAGGCAGAUUAAAAUGCCUUCAGCAGCAUUUUAUUUCACUUUCAUAGAAUCUUGGUUUGCCCUUGCAUACAGAUGAUAAAUAAUAGUAUAAUAAACUCCAGCUUUAUGGAACGCAGGUGGUGCUGUGGUCUAAACCACUGAGCCUAGGGCUUGCCGAUCAGAAGGUCGGCAGUUCGAAUCCCCACGGCAGGGUGAGCUGUUGUUCAGUCUCAGCUCCUGCCAACCUAACAGUUCGAAAGCACGUCAAAGUGCAAGUAGAUAAAUAGGUACCGCUCUGGCGGGAAGGUAAACGGUGUUUCCGUUCGCUGCUCUGGUUUCACCAGAAGCGGCUUAGUCAUUCUGGCCACAUGAUCUGGAAAAACUGUCUGCGGACAAACGUCUGCUCCCUUGGCCAGUAAAGUGAGAUGAGCGCCGCAACCCCAGAGUCGUUCGCGACUGGACUUAACUGUCAGGGGUCCUUUACCUUUAAACUCCAGCUUUAAAAGCCAGCUUUAUAAACUAUGGUUUAGUGGGCUUGUUUUGAAACUGACCUGUUUGACAAGCACCAGGAAGCCACUGCCCUGAAUCACACAAGUCGCAUUCAGAUUUGUGGAUGUUGCACACAAAAUUGGCCAAUGUCUUUAGUAGGUUCUGCAGGAUUAUUGAACUAUCUAACUGCUUUUAAAGUGACAGGGGCAUGUAAUGAUACAAGUAUGUUAUGUAAUGAGUUGUGGAGAUCUCAUCUCCCUAUAGCAGUUGUGAGUCAGUCUCCUGUUGACAUAGGAUAUUUCUGGAAUAUGUAUAAACAUAUUAAUGAAUAUUUUAAAUUAAUGGUGACUACUUGCUUUUCAGCUGGGGUCUUUUGUGCCAUCGUUUCACAUCCUGCUGAUUCUGUGGUAUCCGUGUUGAACAAAGAAAAAGGCAGUUCAGCUGCUCAAGUACUGAAGAGGCUGGGAUUUAAAGGUGAGGAUUUAAACUGAUACUGAACUGUGAAAGUGCAUGAAUAAUUCCAGAUACUAAUGAUGUUUUGUUCCAACAGGUGUAUGGAAGGGUCUGUUCGCCCGUAUUAUUAUGAUUGGUACUCUGACAGCACUACAGUGGUUCAUCUAUGACUCCGUGAAAGUUUAUUUCAGACUUCCCCGCCCACCACCACCAGAGAUGCCAGAAUCUCUGAAGAAAAAGCUUGGUCUUUCUGAGUAG